UGUUGCUGCGCUUGAAUCUUCCGCUGUCUGGUCUGCGUGGACAAACAUAUGAUGGGGCAGCAAACAUGUCAGGCGACAGAAAGGGAGCACAGGCCAGGGUAAGGGAGAUGCAGCCACUGGCUUUGUAUGUACACUGUGGUGCCCACUGUGUAAAUCUUGUCACCCAGGCUGCUUGUAAGGCUUCAUCCCUAACAUCUGAUGCUCUGGAUUGGCUCCACAAGCUUGGAUGUCUCUACAAAUUGUCUGGCAAAUACAAAACUAAAUUUAUAAACAUUGCAACAGCAGCAUCAGGGACAGUUAGCAAUCUACAGCCCUUGUGUCAAACAAGAUGGACUACCAGGACUCCAGCAAUCUGGUCUGUGCUACGUCAGUACGAGUCAGUGCUACUGAGCUUAGAGGACAUGGCCCAAACAGAUGCCUCAAACACUGGUGUGACUGCAAGAGGGCUGCUGGAGAGAUUCGGAAAAGGUACGACAGUGUUAGGACUCAUGCUAGCCACUGAAGUAAUUCAGGAGUUGGAGUGCCUUAAUUGCACACUGCAGAAGCAGACAGAAACCGUGUCUGGUAUGCUAUCUGCAGCAGAUUGUGUUAGGACCACCCUGAGGGCAAAGAGAACAGAGGAGAAGUUCCAGGAGAUUUACAGCCAAGCGACAGAGAAGAUCUGCAUGCUAAAUAUUGAGCCCAUAAGCAUGCCACACAUCCGCCGUCCACCAAAACGCUUUAUUGGCAACAACACUACUGCACACACACCCACAACCCCAAAAGAACACUACAGAGCUGACUUCUUCAAGGUGCUGGAUACUGUGGACAUGCAGCUGAAGGAGAGGUUUCAUCAGAGUGGUCUGAUAAUAUUGGCAAAGCUGGAGGAAGUCCUCCUAACUGGGGAGCUGGACACCACAGUGGUGGACCAGUAUCCUGAAUUAAACCAAAGGUCACUGAAGGUGCAGCUUAACAUGUAUAAGCUCCAGUACCCAUACAAAUCCACUUCAGAGGCCGCAGCUAUUCUGAGGAGUCAGUUGCCUCAAGUCCGUGGCCUUUUCAACAAAGUAGAAGCCCUUACACGGCUUCUUAUGGUUGUUCCUGCAGCUUCUGCUGAAGCAUAGAGGAGCUUCAGUGCUCUGAGGAGGUUGAA